UUUGCCCCUGGGGAGGCACGUGCACAGGGUUAUGAGGCGCCCCACGCGCGUCCUCAGGGGAAGUCCCGCACUGCGAACAAAGGUUUGGGGACCUCUCUUUCCAGAACGCAUAAGCCCUGCGCUCUCGCGGCCGCGGGUGCGGUGCAGCCAUUGGCAGGAGGAGAACAUCGGACCGCAGCGCCUCGCCCCGCCUGCGACACCGGCUCCGGGCGCAGGACAGGUGGGCUGGGGAAGGAAGGAUCCGCGAGCCGCCGAGCGACGUUGGAGGUCUGCGCAAGGACCAUGGGCGCCACGCUGGGCACGGGCGCGCGGCUGGCGCUCCUUCGGGGCCAGGCCUGCGGCGGCGUCUCGCGCUGGACGCCCUCCGCGCCCGCCCGCGGCUGCCACUCCAAAUCCGGCCCGGCUCGCCCCGUGCCCCUGAAGAAGCGCGGAUACGAUGUCACCAGAAACCCGCAUCUCAACAAGGGGAUGGCAUUUACACUGGAAGAAAGGCUGCAGCUUGGAAUCCACGGCCUGAUCCCCCCCUGCUUCCUGAGCCAGGACGUCCAGCUCCUUCGGAUCAUGAGAUACUACGAGCGGCAGCAGAGCGACCUGGACAAGUACAUCAUUCUCAUGACACUCCAGGACCGCAACGAGAAGCUCUUCUACCGCGUGCUGACGUCAGACGUGGAGAAAUUCAUGCCCAUCGUGUAUACUCCCACCGUGGGGCUGGCCUGUCAGCACUACGGCCUGACCUUCCGCAGGCCCCGUGGCCUGUUCAUCACCAUUCAUGACAAGGGCCACCUUGCAACAAUGCUGAACUCUUGGCCAGAAGAUGAUAUUAAGGCUGUGGUGGUGACCGACGGCGAGCGCAUCCUGGGCCUGGGAGAUCUGGGCUGCUACGGCAUGGGCAUCCCCGUGGGCAAGCUGGCGCUGUACACGGCGUGCGGAGGGGUCAGCCCACAGCAGUGCCUCCCCGUCCUGCUGGAUGUGGGCACCAACAAUGAGGAGCUGCUCAGAGACCCUCUGUACAUCGGGCUGAAACACCAACGCGUGCGUGGGAAGGAGUACGAUGAUCUGCUGGACGAGUUCAUGCAAGCCGUGACGGACAAGUUUGGAAUAAAUUGCCUCAUCCAGUUUGAGGACUUUGCCAAUGCCAAUGCCUUCCGCCUGCUCCACAAAUACCGCAACAAGUACUGCAUGUUCAACGAUGACAUCCAAGGCACGGCCUCUGUCGCUGUGGCAGGGAUCCUAGCUGCUCUGCGGAUCACCAAGAACAAGCUCUCCAAUCACGUGUUUGUUUUUCAAGGUGCGGGUGAGGCAGCCAUGGGUAUCGCCCACCUCCUUGUCAUGGCCCUAGAGAAAGAAGGCGUACCCAAGGCAGAGGCCAUAAAGAAGAUCUGGAUGGUGGACUCCAAGGGGCUCAUUGUCAAGGGGAGGAGCCAACUGAACCACGAGAAGGAGAUGUUUGCCCAGGACCAUCCUGAAGUGAGCAGUCUGGAGGAGGUGGUGAGGCUGGUGAAGCCGACGGCCAUCAUAGGUGUUGCUGCCAUCGCAGGAGCCUUCACGGAGCAGAUUCUGAGGGACAUGGCCUCCUUCCACGAGCGCCCUAUCAUCUUUGCCCUGAGCAACCCCACCAGCAAGGCCGAGUGCACAGCUGAGAAGUGCUACCGGGUCACUGAGGGCCGAGGGAUCUUUGCCAGUGGAAGUCCUUUUAAGAGCGUGACUCUGGAAGAUGGCAGGACCUUCAUUCCUGGGCAAGGAAACAAUGCCUAUGUGUUCCCAGGAGUGGCUCUGGGAGUCAUUGCUGGUGGCGUUCGGCACAUCCCAGACGAGAUCUUCCUCCUGACGGCAGAGCAAAUUGCCCAAGAGGUCUCCGAGCAGCAUCUGUCACAGGGGAGACUGUACCCCCCACUCAGCACCAUCCGAGACGUGUCUCUGAGAAUCGCCAUCAAAGUCCUCGACUUCGCGUACAAACACAACCUAGCCUCCUACUACCCAGAGCCCAAGGACAAGGAGGCUUUUGUAAGAUCCCUGGUCUACACUCCAGACUAUGACUCCUUCACACUGGACAGCUACACGUGGCCUAAGGAAGCCAUGAAUAUUCAAACAGUCUGAUGCAGUCUCAGAGGCUGUGUGAGUCUGGAGCAAGCCCAGAGUAACGACGACAAUAUAAAUGGGUUCUAAAAUGGC